AUGUCGGUUAUCCUUCUCAAGUACAGCAAAAGAACCUCCUGUUUUUCCUGCUUAGAAUGGAUUUCAUCCCUUGAUGGAAAAUAUCGGAAACAUUGUUACUGGUUCGACCGUUCCCUUUCAGUGACGGCAUUUGAAGCAGACGAGUUUUGCGCUCUAAGUGGAGGCCGUUUGGCGCCCUAUAUCGACAGUUACCAGUAUAAUUACCUCCUUGAGCUCCGACCACCUACAGCGGUUGACACAUUUAUAGGAACAAUGGACAUUGUAAAAGAGGACACCUGGGUAAACUUUGAUAGCAGUAGUAUCCCCGGAAAUGAAUUUUUAUUUACGAUGACAAAUUAUCCUUAUGAUCAACCUAAUGGAGGCACCACUCAAAACUGCGCUGUAAUUAAUUCAAAAUCUCUUUCGGGAGUAUAUGUCGAAAAUCGAACAAGCGACGUAUCGUGUCUCAAUGACUACAAAACGACGGAUAUGUUGUGUUACAAGGAAGAUUGGACUAGUCGUUGUUUAUUUUGGAACUCUACAGCCGACAAGAAAUACAGACAACACUGCUAUUGGCUGACGUCCAAAACGUCCAAUCAUCAGACCACUUGGACCGUACUGGACGCCAUGGACAAGUGUCGGUGUGAGGGUGGACAGCUAGCCCCUGUCAUAGAUGAUGAUCAGUUUUCCUUCAUCACGAAUCUUCUCAGUUCUGUUGCCAACUCAACAGAUAUAAAUACGGGGCUGUGGCUUGGUUCUCAUAACAUUAAAGGUACCCCUAUGAACUGGAAUGGUGAUCCUAUGGAGGCUACUACAACCAUUACCGCUCCCUCAGGGGAUUUGUGUUUUCUGACCACGACGGGUGGAAAUCAGACCUGGGGACCAUGUAGUUACACAGACCCAUCUAGGGUCUCUGGAGCUCUCUGUUAUAAGGAGGGAUUUGUUAUCGAUACUAUGAAUCCCACAACACGAAGUAAUGCUACCACAACGUCGGUAGAGGAAAUCAAAAAGGAACUACAUGUAAACCCACAAAACACUAAUGCGUUUAAGCUGACAAAGAUAAGUGUGUAUGAGGAUCGUCCUGUAGCUGUGAGUAUGGGGGCCGUUGGUAUUGCUGUGCUUGUAUCUGUAUUUGUUUUCAUUAUCUUGUUGGACUGUCAACGAAAGGGGAAGCUCUCCUCCAAACAAAAGACAACAAAAAUUGAAACUAUGAAAUAA